GUUUAUCUGGCAACGUUUUACGAAAACAAGCAUGGCUGUCGAUUGGAAAAAUGAGGAGGACGUGAGAGAAUAUUUGGAAAACUUGGGAAUCGAAUACAGAUUUCAAUGCUACUACGAAAAGAAACCAGAUGGAUGUCAUCGUCUCGGCGACUUCUUAGAAGCGGUUAAAAAAGAUUUCAAAAAAGCAGCUAUAGUUUAUAAAAGAAAUUGUGAAGAGAAUAACUAUGGUAAAAGUUGCUAUAAGUUUGGAGGCUAUGUGUUCUUAGGAAAAGGUGAUGAAAAAGUAGAUAAAUUAAGAGCAUUUGAAUAUUUUAUGAAAGGUUGUGAAAAAAAUAAUCCUGAAAGUUGUUUUCAUGCUGGUGCCCAGUUAACUUCUAAGAAAGAUGAUAGUGUACCUAAAAAUUAUCCAUUAGGUUUACAAUUAUUGGAAAAAGCAUGUUCACAGAAUGAUCAAUUUGGUUGUUAUUAUGCUAGUGGACUUCAUUUCGUAGGGGCUGAAGGAGUACCAAAAGACAUGAAGAAAGCAUUUAUUUAUUCAGAGAAAGCUUGUGAUUUAGGGAAUAUGUAUGCAUGUGCAAAUGUUAGUCAGAUGUAUACCAGAGGAGAAGGUGUGCAGAAAAAUGAAAAAUUAGGUGCUGAAUAUAAAGCUAAAGCACUUGAUCUUCAAACACAAUUUCAAAAGAAACUUCCAACAAUAGCUUUUGAACAAGGAACUUAAAUUUUAUUAGUAAAAAAAUUAGCAAUAAAAACAGUUAUAUAUAAUUUAUGUAGUAUAUUAUAUAUUCUUGUAUAUAGAAUUUUUUAAAUAUAGAAAGGUAUGAGAUUUGAUUCAAAAGUAAUGACUCCUAGUUUCUUCUCAUGUAAUAAUGAGAAAAAUAACAAGUUUAUGUAGCAUUUGGUACAAUUAUUUUAUUUCAUGUAAUUAGUUAUUUUCAAUACAUUUUUCUAUUAAGAUAUUUUUAUCAUUUUAUAAUGUCCUCUCCUAAAUACCAUAAUGAUGUCAACCUGCUUCUCUUGGGACCUGGAAUCAAAUCUGGGUGUUGCAUUACUGCAUAUGAGAUGAAGUACAGUAUUUGAGAGGAGUGUGUGGCAUAAUGUAGAGAGAUUUUGUGAGAAAUGAACAAGUGCUGGAGGAAUGUGGGGUGAAAGAGUGUCACUCAAAAGGGAGUAAAUGAGCUCUACAGUGGUUUGUCCACAUUGAGAGAACAAAAGAACUAUUGAAGACAGUAUACAUGGGAAAGGUGGAUGGGAAGCACAGUAGGGGAAGGCCAAUAAAGUCUUGGUUGGAAGAACAAGUGGAUGAGUAUCUGAAAGAAUGUAAGAUGUUGAGUCAAAAAGAGAAAUGUGAGGAAUCAUGCUAGAAGAGGCAUGAGUGUAUCAGAUGGGAAAGUGUGGAGAAAGUUGCUGAAUGGAUGAUUUGUAAGAUUGCAGCUUUUUGUUCAUCUUGUUUUGAUUAUGAACAUGAGGAUGCAAAUAUAUGUAUUAUGUUGUCUCAUGCCCAUUUCUCACCAUCCAACUAAACCUGUUGUGGCUUGGCCAAACCCAAGUACAAUGAUUACAAUUAAAAGACCAUAUUAAUGACCACAUGACAGAAAAAAAUAUAUAAUUGGCAGCAUUAUCAUUCAUAGUGUAAUGAAAAAUAUUCUUUAUUGGGAAUACUAAGAUGAAAUUGAUAAAGCUAGUCUGGACUGAAAUAUAGAUAUGAUAGGACAGUCUGAACAAACUUUGAGAAAUUUUGCCAAAUUUCUGAUAUACAAGGUGUACCAGAAUGACAUUUUAAAAAUUUGGGGGAUUGUAGAGGAUGAA